UUUUUGUUGCGAGGUUACAAUCACGUGACGAAAGUUGCGCGUGCGUCGACGGUUUUAAUUGCGCCUGAAACUAGUCCAUCCACCAUUUUGUGCAUACGCGUGAUGAAACGGUUGAGAACAUUUUAGGGGCGUUAACAUUUACAACCUUCUGCAUUAGAGAAAACAUGAAUCCAAGCGAGGAAGAGGAUUCUGACGUGGACGAUGUGAAGACUACUAUUUUGAAGAACAUGACUAUAAACGACCACGUUAACAUCUUGUCUCACAGUUUCCAGUUGGUGGGUAAUUCGGAUGGAAAUUUAGAAAUAAAUACUAUCGAAUGUGUGGAACAUACAGAACAGGUAGUACAAGAUGAUGAUUUAGAUGAAAGUCAGAUGAUCGAUGAAGAUGAUGAGUUUUUGGAAGAAGAGUAUUUGGAUGAUAACUCUUUACAAGAGCACUCUUCCAUUGCUUCUAGGGAUUUGCCGAAAGGUGAAGAGAUGACAGACGUUGAAGAAGAAGAUGAAACUCUCAUGGAGAACGAAACGUGUGAAGUGGAUCUUUCGACCCAAGUUGUUGAUACAUAUACAGAUAAAAAAGUUGAUACGGUUAACAUUUGCACACUUUGCGAUCGAACGUUUAAAACCGCCGCGAGUUUAAAACGACACAUAAUAGUUUGUCAUGCCGUUGAAGAGGAACAAGAUGAUCCGCUGGCAUUUCAACUAUGUUUAUGUUGCGGUGAACCUAUAGACUCUGCGCAUACUACUGGCGAUAUCACAUGUGAUAUGUGCGAUAAACUGUUUACUUCGCACCACAGCUUGGAUCGUCAUCGUUGCUUUGAACACACCUCUGGAGAUCUAUGGCCUUGUCCAGAAUGUGAUAAAGUAUUCUCCGAACGAGCGUUGUUAAUAGAACACAUACAAAUUCAUCCGCUGAAUAAAUUAUUUUCCUGCCAACAAUGUAAUCGUGAAUUUACACGCAAGUAUCACUUGGAUCGUCACAUUGGACAAACGGGGUGCGGUGGAACACCACGAAAUAACUUUGAAUGUCAGGUGUGUCAAAAAAGUUUCUCGCGGAAAGAUAAUUUGAGGGAUCAUUUAAGAGCGCAUGCCGGUGAACCCAAAAAGAAGAAAUUGCUUGCCUGCGAAUUUUGUGGUAAAGAAUUUAGAGGUUCUGCUAUGCUGAUUGUCCAUACAAGAACUCAUACAGGUGAGAAACCCUACGGAUGCGAUUUGUGUCCGAAAUGCUUCCCAUCAGGUGGUGCACUGAAAAAACACAGAAGGAUGCAUACAGGAGAAAAACCUUACCAAUGUCCAAAGUGUCCGAAUAAAUUUGCUGCUAAAGAAACUUUAAACAGACAUGUUCGUACUCAUACGGGCGAUAAACCGCAUACCUGCCACUUUUGUGGAAAGGCGUUCAUCCAAGCAACGCAGUUACGUGCGCACGUUUUUCAUCAUACUGGAGAAAAUGCCUUCACUUGUCAGUACUGCAAUAAAGCAUUUAAUCGCAGAACGCGUCUUACGACUCACGUCAAAUUUGUACAUGAAGGGGCCAAACCAAUGGAAUGUGACGAAUGUGAUAAAACUUUCUUUCGAAAGGAAGAUUUGGCACGUCACAAGCUGUUGCAUUCGGGCGUAAAACCGUUCGAAUGCGAAUUAUGUAAAAAACGUUUCUCCAUAAAAUCAUCUUUGAAACUGCACAUGCUAACUCAUAGAAAAGAACAGCCAUGCAGUUGUGAUGAAUGCGGAAGAGCGUUCAUUCGCCAAGAUUGCUUAUUGCGCCACAUGCGUGCCAAACACCGAGACGUUUUGGAGGAUAUAAUGGCGGGCGCGGAGAAAAAACGACUACAACAGCAAUUGUUGAUUGCUGCGUCGGAUGCAUCAAAGUUUGCAGACAAAAAUAUAACUGAAAGUACGGUAUGGAACGAACUUACGUUGACCGACUCAAUAAAAGAACUACUCAACCUACUCGUUGACGAAGACACGUUGGAAUCUUUUGGAUGGCCAAACACACCCGUAGAUAAACUACUCGAUGCCGUAAUAAAACGGUGUGGUCACAAACCAGCAUCGGAGGAAAAUUUUGAUUACAUCGGAAGGAUGCGCGAGAACGCCAAACUGUUAUUUACUGUUGUUAUUGAUGAUGAAGCGGUUAAGUCUCUUUUAAACAAUCAAACUGUUGACGAAGUUAUUUUGCAUGUUUUAAAAUUGGCUAAAUCCGAGUAACAUUGGUUAGUUUGCGUACGCUGGUUGGUUAACAAUAUAUAUAUAUUUAAGUUUUAGUACAUAGAUCGUACACAUUUGGCAUUGGGUAUAAUUUUUAUAUGGAAUUAUAUAUUACGAUUUUA